UUCAAUUUAACUAUGAACAGUUUAUUUUAAAGAUUAACUGUGUAAAUACGAGCUCGUUCAAAAACUACACAAAUCUAGGUUUUACUGUAAUUCAAUCCCAGCGUUUGUAAACAACAGCUGACCUACAUAAAAAUAGCAUUUGAACCACCAGGACACACUGUUAAGUAUCGAUAUACCGAAGAAAUCAGGCUAUAACAAUGGAGUUGAGGGUUCAGUUUAAUGUUGCUAUGGUGAUAGCUGUGAUUUUUGCGGAGAUUUUGAACGAACUUUGGUUUAACCGCCAUUCUCCAUGGGGCAGACGAUUUGAUGACAGAUAUCACAUUAACUCGAUUCUGUGUGACGCCGUCCUGGUUGUGCUCCUCAAAUACAUUAUAGAAUUUGUUUGGGUUGUUGGACGUUGGGAAGAUGCUAUGAUGCUGUCCUUAUUUCUGGCGGGAAUUUUUGCAUGCUUAGAAGCACCAAGAUGGCACUUAAACCAUGGGGAUGUUAUGGGGAGGUUCUUUAGUUACUUGAUUCAUAAAUUCCUUCUUAUGUUUGUGAUGAUUUUUGCUCUUAUAUAUUUUAGAUAUUUAGGUUAAAUAAUGGUGGUAUUAUUUGAUUAUAACUUGUUACGUAAAUACAUAUUAAAUACUCCAUUUCAUCUGUAUGUUAUACUGACAUUGUAAUUAUAGCAAUAAACACUUUCUUUUGUA